AUGCUCUUCCUUGGCCCAAGAAGAAGUCGCCACAGUCGAGAGUUGUCAAUGCAAAAUCAUGAUCAAGUAGUUUUCGUUGCAUUUUGUGCCGAUUGGUGCCCGUUCUCUCGGCGUUUGAAGCCGAUUUUCGAAGAGUCGGCUCGAGUUUUCAAAAGAGAAAAUCCUCAAGCGAGUGUCGUUUGGGCGAUCGUCGACAGUGUGCGUCAGGCAGAUGUUGGUGACAAAUACUACGUGAAUAAAUAUCCAACAAUGAAGGUGUUCGUAAAUGGAGAACUCAUUCAAAAGGAGUACAGGUCGACGCGAUCAGUAGACGCUCUCACAGCCUUCGUCAAGUAUCAGUUGUCAACGGCCAUCAAUGAGUUUGAGAGUCAGGACCAGCUUACUGCGGCUAUGGACGGCACGAAAAGAAAUGUGGUAGCGUGGGUGAAACGAGGUGGCGAGGAGUACACGAAUCUC